GAAGUAAGUUUGCAGUGUGAUGCAGGGCGGUCACCGCACUCUACAUGUAAUUCUGGUAAAGUCUUGCUAACAUGAAACAGCUCUGGGUCUAGAUUCUGCCACGGCUGCCACCGUGGCUCUGUUUGGACGAUGGCUUUUAUCACCACAUUGGAAACACCUGCAAUGGACUGCUAAUUCUAUGGGCUGGAGUUUGGUGCCCCUGGAGGAUGGGGAAUAUGAUGCGAGGUGCCAGCAAAGUCAACAGUGACAACCCUGAGAGUGCUCAGAAGGGUUCUGAUGAUGACAUAGCGGUUGUGAUCAACGACUACCCCUCUAUGGAAAUCAGCGAACCCAUUUACAAAAUGGGGGAGAAGCUCAGAGUCAUUGCACAGGAAGCUUAUUGGUGGAGAGUUCGCUCUAUUGACACGGGGAAGGAAAACUUUAUACCCAACAGCCAUGUGGUGAGAGUUUACCAUGGGUGGCUGUUUGACGGGGUGGGAAGGCAGAAAGCCGAAGAGCUGCUUCUUCUACCUGGAAACAGAGUGGGAUCGUUUCUGGUGCGAGAAAGCACCAGCGAGAGAGGUCUGUAUUCGCUCUCAGUGAAGCACAGGGAAGUGAAGCACUAUCGAAUCUUCAGACUGGACAACAGCUGGUACUACAUCUCACCAAAGCUCACUUUCCAGUGUCUUGAAGACAUGAUCAAUCAUUACUCUGACUCUGCAGAUGGGCUGUGCUGCAUGCUCACCACCCCUUGUCUGUCGGGAAAAGCUGAGGCACCAGAAACAAAUCCUGGACCGCCGCCUGUCGUCAUGCGACACAACUUUGACUGGAGGAAAGUAGACAGGAAACAGUUGGUCAGCACAGACAGCCACAGCAACAACAUGGUGAGCUACGGCGUGAGGAACAGCAUCGCUGCUUAUUUGUCCUUUUCUGGCCAAGAAGACCCUCAGCAGCAGCGAGGCGAUCGCAGGAAGAAGAAAUCCAGAUCUGUGUACGUGAUUCCAGAGAGCAGUAAUGCAAACACUGAGUAUGAGGACGACUUCUAGAGAGCUUGGUUCGAAUGAAUUUCAAAAAGACUCUCGGAUAUCUACUACAGCUCCCAAACGUCGGAUGAGGAACCUCUGGUCAGAGAACCGGUGUUAUGCAUAACACCGGAAAGUGAGUUGAAGUAACAGCACUUUGAAAUCUUUUAACAGUAAGUUACACAUGUACUCAUGCUUCAAAGACAAGCGAAAUAUGUUUUUACGUGAAUGAGUCAGGAGAGUGGAUGCCACACAUGGCUUCAACAAUAACGACAAGCAUUAUUCAAAUACAAAGUAGUCCGAAGAAAUGAAAAGUAUCUAGAAUACUGUCACUGGUUCAAACUAUUUUCCUUUGUCAGUUGGAGAUGAAUACUUAUAUGUGUACGAAUAAAUGUUUGCUACCUUUGUUCAAUUUUUACCUCAUGAAGUUGACUAGAUUAAUGUUUUUGUUCACACAAGCUCAUCUAAUUCUGUUGCUAACCCACAAUGAAGUUUUUUGUGUUCCACGUGUUUCAAUGCUUUAUGAAGGAUUGUCUUCAAUCUAAAAAUGCUUAGGUCUAGGUUUUCUUAAACUUUGAAAUCUGUGGCUUCUCUGGUGUGAGUCAGAUUGCAGCAGAUUAUUUUUUUAGUGCAGAAAACGUGACAUGCUAUAAGUGUUGCAACUCAAGCACCUUGCGUAUCAUGUCUUUAGAGUACCAUGAUAUGUGUACAAAAAAAAAAAUGUCAUGAAUUGCAUUUGCUGAAAAACUAGAAAGCAACUAUAACACCGAUUGCUGCAAAAAUGAUCUCGUACGUGGAGUAUUACAGUUACAAUAAUGUUAAAACAUAAAACAAACAUCUGCUACAUUUGUUAGCAAUGCUAUACAUAUUUUGUUAUAGUUAAAGUUGUUACGUUUUCUGUCCUAGAACAGUAUGACAGAUUUUGUUUUUAUGUCAUAUUGUUUUGAAACCACAACUAUUUAAAAAAAAAUAUAUAUAUAUAUAUAUAUAUAUACAAUAUGAUACCUGUAGUGAAUGUACACAUGUGCAACUGAAGUAGUCUUGGUGUCAUGCUAUGCUAUGCAUGACAUCUGUCUGUGCUGGUGAAAAUUCACUCAUCCUGGCAUACUAAAUGCUUGAAGUGGCUUCAAGAGGAAGAUUUUUUUUACCUGCUUUCUGAUUAUCUAGCAAGUAGGUAGCCGAGGUGUUAAUAGUGGAAAAAGGAAGAUAGAAAAACUAGUUUUAUCAUGGAAAAAGGUCCUUUAGUGAGUUUGCUCAACAGCGUGCUGUAAAAUGUAUACUGUUAAAAAGGCUACACAUUUCACUUAUUUAAUGGGUGGGCAAAAUAUCCAUAUUUCAAACACAGGACAGAAUUUAGUGUGCCCAACAUUUGUAAUGUUUGUAGUGGACCCACAUGACAAAAAUCAUCUGCAGCCACAUUGACAUGCAUGGCAAGAUCAGAACCAGCAGCUUAGGAAUAUUUUUGUUGUGUGUUUUUAUUUUUUAUUUAUUUUUUUUUUGGUAAAUGGUAUAAAAUCUGAACCAUUAUGACAUUGAAAACAAUUAAAAAUGUUUUACUGAAUCCAUACAACUUAAUUAGAUUUUGGGACAACUCCUGAAAUGUCUCCCCAAAUGUCAUCUUGUUUUUUUGUUUGUUUUGUUUUGUUUUCCGCUUGUUAUUACUUGCUUGCUCCACCCGAUUGAAGAAAUUCUGUUUAGGAUUUCACCUGCUUUUUAUUUUCUCCUGGUUUUGACUAAAACAGUUUAUGUAAAAUUCCUUUUAUGUGCAUUUUUAAAGUCAACUGAAGGUGUUAAAAUUGUCUUAAAGUCAAAAGAAAGUGUGAAACUGCUGUUCUGCUUUAACUACAAAAAUAAACCACGUUGCCUUAGCACACA